ACAUUGACAUUUGACAGGAGUGAGUGGAGUACUACCCAUGUCUUUCAGAGAAUUUUUUAAAUAAUUUUAUCAUUAUUAAUUUCAUUUCAAGUCAAGGUCUCUUCUCGGCCGACUCGAGUGCUCAUGUAACCCAGCGCUCUUUAAUAAUAAUAAAUAAUAUUACAAUAAUUUGUCAGCAAAUUUACUGAGGAAUCAUGUCGAAAGCAUACCGAGCGAUAGUGGCCGUGGCCGACAGGUUCGUGCCGUCGAAGCUGCGUCCUCUGUGGGAGCACGAUGCGGGUCCCAAAACGAUCUUCUUCUGGGCGCCAGCUUUUAAAUGGGGACUAGUGGUCGCGGGGCUGGGCGACCUGAGCCGGCCGGUGGAGGCGCUGUCCAUCCCGCAGUGCGCGUCGCUGGCCGCCACGGGGCUGGUGUGGUCGCGCUACUCGCUCGUCAUCAUCCCCAAGAACUACAGCCUGUUCGCCGUCAACGUGUUCGUGGCCGUCACCAACCUGUACCAGAUGGGGCGCGCCUACCGCUACCAGCAGGCGCUCAAGCGGCAGUAGCGCGCCGCCGUCCGCGCACCGACGGCACAUGGCAUCGCGAAUACGACCACGAUCUUGAACAUCUACAUCGCAACGAGGACAAACUACACUGCCUGGCUUACAUCGCGGGAAUCGAUCUCUUGCAGGCGCGGGUUCGUCAGACCGCGAGCUCUGUACUAAACCACCGUCUUGUACCGAGUGGAGGAUUUGUCACCUCUCACGGGUUCAGGAUUCAGUUCGCGAUCACCACCAACUCAUUUUCAUCGGUCGACCCUCGACGCAUGCGGGGCAGUGCGGAUGGCAUGCCAUACGGAGCAAUGAAACUUAACGUUUUGUCUAAAUUCACUUGUGCUAAAGCAGAAUUGGUAUGAUGUCAAAGUUCGGUGCUAGGGGUGCCGUCGCGCGUCGCGCGUGAGGGGCGGGGGUUGAAGUGGAGCGCGGCCGCGGUGGAGGGAAGAGGAUCUCUACUUGCCCUAUAUCCAUCUGUAGAUGGUAGCGGAGUAGAGAAUGUUGCAAGGCUCCUGCCGAGACAAUAUGUGCAUGAAUUACCAUUCUCAUAAACUUUAACCCUCCACUCUUUCGGCAAUGCAAUUUUAAUCUAGUUUGUAACGGUGGGGCUAGCAUAUAGGUCACCUAUAAAAGCCCCUUAAAAUAUCAGAUUUAAAAAAACCCUCCACUCCGCCUCGCUCUGCUUUUCCGGAAGCCUUCUGCGACACUGCUCUCGAUCGAGUGACGCGAUUAGUGUUGCGAAUAGAUAUAAAAUGUAAACGGUAAUACAAGUAGUUAACGUAUUUAUUUAUUCAUUUUUUUAACAGGGUUUUAAUGGUUUAACGUUUAAGUAUUAGAGAUGCAAAAUAGAAUUACAGUAUUUGUUAUCUCAUCCCGAGAGUUAAUGCCAUAAAAUGUCUCACUCUUGGUACUGAGUUAGUGAUGUGUUGUCAAAGACACACAGACAGUCGUUUAGGCACUUAGGGGCGUAUUUAUUGUAACACAGCUCUCGAAGAGAUGACAAAGAUCCGUGUUAACUGUGAUAGAGGAUACGUGAUAAGUCCUGUUGAACUAUGUACCUACUCGGUGGCGUGUAUCUCCGGCUGCCAAAAUGUAGCGCUUUGGACAAACACUGUAAGUUCAUAGUUAUUAAGUAUACUUUGCAAACAUGUAGUUCAGGUACUAUUGUCUUCCUAGAUGUUAGAUUAUCAUCACACGUAGCGGUAGGUGGUAACCUGCAGGUAGUAUGGCGGCCGGCGGUCGCGGUAUAUUACAGUUGUUAUACACAAGAGAACAUGUUGACUAUUUUUGUAACGACCUUUUUCAAUUAGAUACGUAAAUAUAUUGUUAUACUAGUAA